ACACGCCUUGACCUUAUCUCAAUCAAACGCAUAUUUUUAUUAUUCGAUCAAAUUUCUGCUAGUCUCUCUCUCACGCACUCCAUCUCUCUCUGUGUUUUUUUAUAAUCUUGAUCACCCUUCUUUCUUUUACACAAAUUCUAUUCAAUGGGCAAGAAGACCAUAGCUUUCAAGGAUGAAUUUACAUUCGAGGAAAGAUGUCAAGAAUCACAGGACAUCAUUGCCAAGUAUCCUAGUCGGAUCCCUGUGGUCGCAGAAAGGUAUUCAAAAACUGACCUUCCAGAUAUGGAGAAGAAAAAAUACCUAGUUCCUCGAGACAUGUCUGUGGGACAAUUCAUUCACAUCUUGGGAGGCAGACUUCGCCUUGACCCGGGAAAAGCUUUAUUUGUUUUCGUAGAGAAUACGUUACCUCAGACAUCUAGUUUGAUGGAGACUGUUUAUGAUUCAUACAAGGAUGAAGAUGGGUUCCUUUACAUGUGCUAUAGCAGUGAGAAGACAUUUGGUUAUGGAUACAUCCAAUAAUGAAUGUUGAUAGUUGUAAAUACUACAAUCUGCAUCUAAUCUUUAACAUAAUAUAUAUGUUCUGUAAUUGUGAACAAAAAUAUACACCUAUAUUUGGGUGAUCUGUUUGUAGUAACAGAUGAAGUAAUGACUUUACUCAUAUAUGUACGUAAUAAAAAAUUAUGUGGCAACAUGUCUUUUAGUUGA